CAACCAAGCAAGGUACAUGCCCUUGACCGGAAUCGAACCUGGGACCUUUCAAUCCGCAGACCGACGCUCUACGGCUCAGCGGAAGAGUUUAAAAAGGCGGGGCUACAAACAUGAUGCAAAUUACGACCGGUUGCUCCCCUCUGACGGCUGGGAGGUGGGCGGGGCGUGGGAAUUCUUAACCUUCCUCCUGGGAGAGCGGCUGAGAGAGGAGAUGGAUCUGUCUGGGUAUGCAGGUGUCCGCCGCCUCCUGCUGCUCUCCUUGCUGUGGGAGGCCACUGCUCCCCGCUGUGCCGUCUCUCUGCGCUAUAACUUCACAGUCAGGACUAAUGGACAGCCGUGGUGUGACAUUGAGGGCCGGGUCAAUGGGAACACAUUUCUUCAUUUUACCUGUGGUGGCCAGUUCACACUCACCAGUGUUCCGGACAUGAAUGCCACACGGGCCUGGGGCGAGCAGAGAGACACUCUGCAGUCCGUGGUGGAAGAGCUCAGGGUGCCCCUGCUUGACAUGAGAGCAGAGAUUCCUGCAGCCGGCGGUCCUCUCGCCCUGCAGGGCAGCAUGGCGUGUGAGCGGGAGUCCAGUGGGCGCACCAGCGCAUCCUGGCAGUUUGGAUCGGAUGGACAGCCAUCUCUCCGCUUUGACUCAACGAAUGGACACUGGACGGUGUUGCGCGGCGAAGGCAGGCGGUUAAAGACAGCAUUGGCGGGUGACAGAGCUAUGACCCACCUCCUGGUUAUGACCUCAACUGGAGUCUGUAGGCAGUGGCUUCAACAAGUGGUGUGCACACAAGGUGCCGUCUCUCUGCGCUAUAACUUCACAGUCAGGACUAAUGGACAGCCGUGGUGUGACAUUGAGGGCCGGGUCAAUGGGAACACAUUUCUUCAUUUUACCUGUGGUGGCCAGUUCACACUCACCAGUGUUCCGGACAUGAAUGCCACACGGGCCUGGGGCGAGCAGAGAGACACUCUGCAGUCCGUGGUGGAAGAGCUCAGGAUGCUCCUGCUUGACAUGAGAGCAGAGAUUCCUGCAGCCGGCGGUCCUCUCGCCCUGCAGGGCAGCCUGGCGUGUGAGCGGGAAUCCAGUGGGCGCACCAGCGCAUCCUGGCAGUUUGGAUCGGACGGACAGCCGUCUCUCCUCUUUGACUCAACAAAUAAACACUGGACGGUGUUGUGCGGCCAAGGCAGGCGGUUAAAGACAGCAUUGGCGGGUGACAGAGCUAUGACCCACCUCCUGGUUAUGACCUCAACUGGAGACUGUAGGCAGUGGCUUCAACAAGUGUUGUGUCCCCUGAGCACACCAGCUGCAUCAGCCACGGCCACAGCCACUGCCACAGCCACGGCCACAGUCCCGUGCAAGGCCACAGCCAACAGGCCCGUCUCCUUGAUCGUCCCUGGAAUGCUCACCUGUGCAAUCAUAUUAGGUCUAACCUACGCGGUGACCCCCAACAGUGGCCUUGAGCAGAGUCAGAAGUAA